AUAUCUCAUGCGCGAUUUUUAAAUUAAUAAAUAAAAAAAAAUUACGUUUAUUCGGGCAAGGCCAAAGCUUCAGUUGGACCGACUCGCACUUGCGCACUUAAAAAAAAAAAAAAAAAAAAAAAAAAAAAAGAUGCUGAAUGUCAGUCGAAGUUGAAGCCCCAUCCUGAUGGUCGGUGCUAAUUAGUCACAGUUUGACCCGAGCUUAUUGUUUGUUUUAGAUUAAAAAAAAGUCUAAAUAAACAGGGCAUUUUAAUUUAGCUAAACGACGUGUAUAAAUCAUAGCUUCAUAUUAGCAUAAUCGGUGAGGAAGACUGUGAAGCUACCGGACGCGUAUUAGCCUGAAUCACAAAGAGUGACAACAGACAGCCGAGAAAGAGAACAACAACAACAACAACAACAACCACCACAGAGUUGUCAUGUAUGCUUGUAUGCAGACAAGUGUACAUGCAGGGUUUGGAAACAAUCACAGUGCUGUCAGCAAACCUCAAUGUCCAGGAUCAGGUUCAGUUCACCAGCAGCUGCACCUUGAUUUCCCACCCCUUGCACGAUAGUGAAGGUGGAGAGGCGCAACCUGAGAAAACCCCCCACCCACCACCACCACCUCCACCACCACCACCACCUCCACCACCACCACAGAGGAUGAAUUAGUCCUUAUUCAGCAAGGAGCGAGAGCAUCACUCUGAGGAUCAGAUGUUGUCCACAGCUCAACAGAUGCUGCAGGAUAGCCGCUCCAAGAUCGAGCUGAUCCGACUGCAGAUUAUCAAAGUCACCCAGGCUGGCAGCAGCACCGGCGGCGGCGGUGGUGGCGGUAUUGGCAGUGAUGAUGGUGGCAACCAUAACAGCUCCACUCACAGAGGGAUCUCUCCGGUCGCCGUCGGUCCCGCGGAGGCUCAUUUCGCAGAGCUGCAGCACUUCAUGCAGAGAGAGACAGAUGCAUCGGCGCUGGCCAAAGAUGUGGUGAAGCAGCUGGAAGGGAUCUCAUCGCUGGACCAGAAGGCACUGGCUGAAGCUCAGUCCCGGGUGCAGGAAUCCUCCCAGAAGCUGGAUCUUCUGCGGCUGGCCCUUGAGAGAUGCCUGAAGGAAAAGAACCAGGAGCCUCUACAGCAGCCUGCGGGGGGGGUCGACCCUUCAGAGGGAACCCCGUCUCCCCAAAACUCUGGACCUGGAUGUCCCCUGUCCACCUCCACGUCCAUCUUCUCUAUCAGGCCGGCCUCCUUAACUGGCAAACUUGAAGUCAGGCUUCUUGGAUGUGAGGAUUUACUGAAACCUCAGACAAACCCAGAGCGGGAAAACGUUGCCAGUCCCACUGAGGACGGUUCACCUGCUGCUCACCGGACGGACGCACCUUCUGCAGAAGUCGGCGCGGCGCUCCGGCUGGACGGCAGGCUGGUCGGCCGGACACGGUGGGCAGCCGUCAGCAGACUGAGCUGGGAUCAGACGUUCUGCAUCCAGCUGGAGCGGUCCCGAGAGCUGGAGGUCUGUGUCUUCUGGCGGGACCAGAGGGCGAUGUGUGCCGUCAAGUUCCUGCGCCUGGAGGAGACGAUGGACAACCCUAACCACAACCAGGGGUUCAGCCUGGAGCCUCAGGGGCUCCUCCACGCCCAGCUUCGAUUCAUUGACGCUGUUGUCGAGCGGCAGCCGAGACUGAGACGUCAGCGAUGUAUUUUCACUAAAGAGAGAGGUAAGAACUUCCUCAGAGCCGCCCAGAUGAACAUGAAUUUUGCCACGUGGGGUCACCUGAUGAUGAGCAUCCUCCCUCGCUACAGCUCCUUCACCACGUUCAGCUCGUCCCUCUGUACGACCCCCGACCUGGUGGCCGACAACAGCCCACGUCCCACUGAGAAGGAGCCUCAAAUCACCACGCCACUGCCAGGUGAAGCUCCUGUAAUCAGACUCAGCAUCACUGAGGAUCAGCCGUCCCCCACCAGCAUCAACCAGGGAGACAACAGCCCCACCAUCAUCACCACAGAACACACAACCUCAUCUGUACCUGCGCUGCAAGAAAAACUGUCGUCCGUAAACAAUACAGAGGGAAGUGAAGAUCAGCCUGUAUCUGCUCUAAAGAUGCACAUGGAAGAUUUCAAGUAUAUUUCAGUUCUGGGCAGAGGACACUUUGGGAAGGUUCUGCUGGCGGAGUUUAAGAAGACGGGGAAACUGUACGCCAUCAAAGCCUUGAAGAAAAGAGACAUCGUGACUCGUGAUGAAGUGGACAGUCUCAUGAGUGAGAAGAGGAUCUUUGAGAUGAUCAACGCGUCCAGACACCCGUUCCUGGUCAAUCUCCACGGCUGUUUCCAGACCGGCGACCACGUCUGCUUCGUCAUGGAGUAUUUACCGGGCGGCGACCUCAUGAUCCACAUCCACAACAACGUCUUCACAGAGGCCCAGACCAGGUUUUAUUCAGCGUGCGUCCUGCUGGGUUUAGAGUUCCUGCAUCUGAAUAAAAUCAUCUAUCGAGAUCUGAAGCUGGACAACCUGCUGAUGGAUACAGACGGGUUUGUGAAAAUCACAGACUUUGGACUUUGUAAAGAAGGGAUGGGUCACGGAGACCGGACCUCGACUUUCUGUGGGACUCCCGAGUUUUUGGCCCCUGAGGUCCUGACAGACGACAACUACACCCGAGCGGUGGACUGGUGGGGGAUGGGCGUCCUCAUCUACGAGAUGCUCGUGGGAGAGUCUCCGUUCCCUGGUGAGGAUGAGGAGGAGGUGUUCGACAGCAUCGUCAACGAUGACGUGCAGUAUCCCGCUUCUCUUCCUCCUGACGCUGUCGCCAUCAUCCAGAAGCUGCUGAAGAAGAAUCCUCUGAAGAGGCUCGGAGCCGGAGAGAGAGACGCCAACGAGGUCAAAGGAGAGAAAUUCUUUGAGACCAUCGACUGGGAAGCUCUGCUGGCCAAGAAGGUGACGCCGCCCUUCCUGCCGUCGAUCAGAGAGUCCGUGGACGUCAGCAACUUCGACAGCGAGUUCACUCGGCUCCAGCCGAUCCUGUCCCCCCCCUGCAAACCCUUCAGCCUCUCCGCGGAGCAGCAGGAGGCCUUCGCCGACUUCGACUUCUGCGCCUUGCACGGAUGAAAGACGAGCUGAAAAGACCAGGGAGGGAAACGACUGUUGAGAAGUUUGUCCGUCUCUUUGGCAGGUAACCGCCAUCUUCACCUACGUAUCAGCCCCGUCAGCAUGUCAGAACAGUGACUAACUACUUUAUUUAUCAUUCUUUGGAUACAAACAUUAAAGGAUGAGUCCUGCUUAACUUUUUACAGCUUUAUAGUUAAAUUAGUUAAUUAAUCAAUUAGCAUCAAAUCAAUCAUUACAAUCAUUACAGACACAAAUAUGAGCGUUUCCCUCCUUGUAUCAUUUACAUGAAAACUUUUUACAGCUGUUUUUUGUAAUGACCAUCAGAUGUCACUUUAUAGACUAAAUUUAUUUAUUAAUAGGAUAAAAAAACUUUAAUUAAAGGAAUAGUUUGACUCAUGGCGUCGCCUCAACCGUCGAGCCAUGAAGGGGUUUAUGGGAAAUGAUGUUCGUUAAAGGCUGUUGAAAGCAUAAAUAUUAAAUGAACAACAGUAUUACAUCUUCUUUUGUUAAAAACUACUGUCCAGAAAGUCUGUGCAGGUUUUCUCAUUUCUGGCUCGAUGAGUUUCAGUUUGUUGCUUCAGCUCUCUGUUUGUUUUCCUGCCAGUCGUUAGAUGAGAGGUUUCAUACCUCUCUCAUGUCUGUCUGAUAAAUAUGAAGCUCUGUCCUCCUUACAGUUCCAGCAUCUUUACGAUGAUGCAAAAUAUCCAACAGGCCAAACGUCCCGAUGUACGACAAUAUCAAAUGUUUAUAUAUUUCGAAAUGUCAAACUAUUCCUUUAAACAGAAAGUAAAUGAUUUAGUAUUUGGAGCCCUGCGUCAUUUGACGGAUUACAGGAAACAAAGUGAGAGAUCUGAGCUCCGGGACCAAUCGUUAGCUAAUUAGCUAUCAGUAUUGAUCAGCAACCCUUCAAGCCCCUGACAGUGUAGCAGUGUAUGAUACAUCCCUUCAGUAAAAACCUCAUUUAACUGCCACUUGAAGAGAGUUUCCCCCCCUGGUCUUGAGACAGGACACUUCGUACGACCCCAUGGCUGAUUUCGCUGACUGUUGUCGCUUUCAUCCAGUCGACGUGCGACUGUCGAUCAAACUCCCCGGCAGCAUCUUUAUUCAUUUACUUAUUUAUUUAUUUGUUUGUAUUAACAGAGCAGAGAAAGUGAUUGUAGCCCUUUUAUAGUCUGUGGAGAGUCACCACGGAUAUUUAUGGGAGGGUGAGGAGGUGAAACUGUUCCACGGACGGACGAAACUCAUCCGAUGGAGGCAGAUACAGGAUGUAUCACCUCUUCCUUCCACGUCUUUAUUCCUCUCCAGUCCUGGAUCAUCUGAAUGUGCCGGCUAAAUAUCAGGAGGUUUACAAAAGACUGUGGAGUCAGUUUCAGAGCUUCCUCUUGAAGCGCCCCGUGUGGUGGAGACCGACUCAGCUUGCUUCGUGGCCUUCGCUUAUUAUGUUUCUUUCUAAUAUUUAUCCUCCGGAGGUGUACAGUAUAGUAUGUGCUGCCGUCUCUAUGCAUCACUGUGACAGGCUUCGCCCACUGCCUUGACCAAACAGAUGAAACAAGCUAACCCAGUUUCCGGUUACACGUCUAUUUUUAAAAGAAAAAAAUCUUCAAUAUUUGUCAACUCAUCCCCUCGUAGCGAAGACGCUCACAUAUCAGUCUCCUCCAGACCAGCUGUCAACAGUAGAAGUGCAUGGCACCGUGGUGAACUUGUGCACUAGAAAUCCUGUAAUCGCUAGCGGUAUAAAAAGAAGCCAUAUAGAAAAUCUAAUAUAGCCAUAAUAGUAAGAAAAUAUCUGUAUUUUGAAUUUAGCAAAUUGUAUUCUGUGAUAACUGAGCUCUAAUGAUGUCAGUGCAAUAAGAGGAAGAGGAGGAGGAGGAGGAGGAGCGGCAGGGACGAAGCUGGAAGAUGAACUCCCCGAUUUUGUUGAAACACACACAAAAAAAAGAAAUCCCUAAAUAUUUCCUUCCCAGGGAACGUUUGGGCUCGAUCACAUUCAGACACGGGACUUUAAGGAGUAACUUCAGGUUGAUGCAUUUAUUCUAGAGGGAGUGAAACGUGAGCGAGCCAGUGACCUGGACUGAAAACGUUCAUCUGAGACGAGCCUGAUGGGAACAGAAGGGAAGAUGGAGGAAUAGUAAGGGCCUUUGUGAACCUGCUGUGGGGCAAAAACAAGCUGCGUUCACCCUCCUGUCUGUGCAGAGCUGAGAUAAAGUCUGUGAAGCCUCUGCACUUCUCUGGUUUUCUGCAUGAAUUGGUCAUAAAAUCUGAUCUGAUCCUCAUCUGAGUCACAAGUGUCGACAAACGCAGUGCGUCUGAGCUAAAAACACACAAACGGUUAUGAUCGUUUAUGUCUGUAUUGAACGCAGCCCUUCAACACUCACAGUGCUGGCGGGAAAAGUAAGUCGUAAGUCUGAGCUUCUUUGUGACGCUGCUGAUCGUGUGUGUUGUGUCAUCUUCAUUCAUCGAUCUGGACUCUUCGAGACGACUCGUUAACACUUUCAGCUUCAUACAAAUAAAUCAACAAUUCUUCUAAAUUCUAAUUCUAAGGAACUAAUCUGGCUUCAGUGACUCGACUCCGACCUACACUGUGAAUAUUUGACUUCUGUUUUCAGUAUGAACAAGAACAACACAAUGAUUUUUGUGUUUUCAGUCGAAACAGAUUGUGUUUGUUCAUAACUGUAACUUAAAUAAAGAUCUGAUCAUAUUUUAAAGCAGAUUUAUACAUAAAUGCAGAUAAUUCCUGAGGCUUCACUGACUGUGUCUCGCCGCUGUAUUAGUCAGUAAACCAGCACCUCUGUUUUUACAGCUGAUUUCCUGGAAACUUUCCUCAUAAUUAUCUGGAAUUUAUCUGUAAAUUAUAAAUCCAUUUCCAAGGAAAUACUCUGCAAGUUGUUGCCAAUUAAAAAGGGAAAUGGAGAAAGUGUCAGUCGCUGCAGUUUUGAAGAAUCCACUUGUCAUGUUCAAGUUUUUUGAAAAAAAAAAGGAGAUUAUGCAGCAGGUCAGUGAAAAGUAGUUAAUGAACUGACGUCAGUAUCCGUCAGCGUUUCCUCCAAAGGCUAAGAAAUAAAUUUAAUUCAUUAGAUGGAAUUUCAAUUUCAAUUUUCAAUUUGUAAGUUACACUUACAAAUAUAUUUCUAUCUAAUUUCCACAGAGCAGACCUGUAAAAUAAAUUGACUCAAUGUGGCACAUUUUCUCUAAUAAGGAAUAUUUGUCAGCCUUUGUAAGAAACUCUGACAGAUACUGACGUCAGUUUAUGAACUACUUUUCACUGACCCGCUGCACAAACUCCCAUUUUCCUUCUUUAAAACUCUAAUAUAACAAGUGGACUCUUCAUAACUGCAGCUACUGACACUUUCCUGAUUUCUCUCAUGAUUAGCACCAAACUGCAGAGCUCGCUCCCUGUUAUUAGAUUCAUAAUUUACAGAUAAGUACCGGCUCAUUUUUAGGAAAUUAUGCUGAAAGUUUCCAGGAAAUUUAGCUGUAAAAUAAAGAAGCUGUAAAAUAAAGGGUCCAGUGGGUCUUCACUGUCAGAGCUGGGGGGUGGGGGGGGGGGUAUUAGUGGAGGGGGUGAUCUGAAAGCCUUUUCGAAUAUGUAAAGAAGGCGUGUGUUCAAGCUGUAAGUUUCUCUUUUAACGAAUUCGACCGCCGUCCCGAAACUGAAAGGUCGCAGGUUUCAGUCUCCGGAGAAACCGGUGUGUUCACUCACGAGCGUCCGCCGUUGGUUUUAGCUGUUGUAGCACUUUAUAAGUUUCUUGCUGCUGAGUAUUACAUGUUACUUGUGUGUCAGUCCUGUAUUUAUGUCUGUGGAGCAUCCUGACCAGGAAUGUAUUCUAUAACAACAUACAUACUGUAUAUCAUCAGUGUUUUAAUGUACCCUUGUUGUCAAUAAAUACAAAAAGAACAAAUA